CCUCAUCCUCUCUCUCUCCUCUAGCACCACGACAUGGCACCCUCAGCCACCAACGGUCACGCUAACGGUCACGCCAACGGCCAUUCCAACGGCCAAACCCACCCUCGCGAAGAGCAGCUGCGCAACCCAUAUGCUCCUCGCGCAUCUGACUUCCUCAACAACGUCUCCAACUUCAGCAUCAUAGAGAGCACCCUCAGAGAGGGCGAGCAGUUUGCCAAUGCCUUCUUCGACCGCAAGACCAAGAUCGCCAUCGCCAAGGCUCUUGAUGCCUUCGGUGUUGAGUACAUUGAGCUGACUUCGCCCGCGGCGUCCGAGCAGUCACGUCUCGACUGCGAAGCCAUCUGCAAGCUCGGCCUCAAGUCCAAGAUCCUCACCCACAUCCGCUGCCACAUGGAUGAUGCCCGCAUCGCUGUCGAAACAGGUGUUGAUGGUGUCGACGUCGUCAUUGGUACAUCGUCCUUCCUUCGCGAGUUUUCGCAUGGCAAGGACAUGACCUACAUUACCAAGACCGCAAUCGAGGUUAUCAACUUCGUCAAAUCCAAGGGCAUCGAAGUUCGCUUCAGUACCGAGGACUCCUUCCGCUCAGACCUCGUCGAUCUUCUUUCCAUCUACCAGACCGUGGACAAGAUUGGUGUUAACCGUGUCGGCAUUGCCGAUACUGUGGGCUGUGCCAACCCUCGCCAAGUCUAUGAGCUCGUUCGCACUCUCCGUGGCGUCGUCGGCUGUGACAUCGAGAUCCACCUCCACAACGAUACUGGCAUGGCUAUUGCCAACGCAUACACUGCUCUUGAGGCGGGCGCUACCCACAUCGACACUUCCGUUCUGGGCAUUGGCGAGCGCGUUGGAAUUACCCCUCUUGGUGGCCUCGUUGCCUGUCUUUACGCAGCGAACCCCGAAUAUGUCAAGGCCAAGUACAACUUGAAGAUGCUUCGCGAAAUUGAAAAUCUUGUUGCCGAGGCUGUCGAGGUCAAUGUCCCUUUCAUGAACCCUAUCACUGGUUACUGCGCCUUCACGCACAAGGCUGGCAUUCACGCCAAGGCCAUCCUCAACAACCCCAGCACCUACGAGAUCCUCAAGCCCGAAGAUUUUGGCCUGACUCGCUACGUCUCAAUUGGGCACCGCUUGACGGGGUGGAAUGCUGUCAAGUCACGCGUUGAGCAACUCGGACUCACACUCACCGAUGAUGAGGUCAAGGAUGCGACCGCUAAGAUCAAGGAACUUGCAGAUGUCCGUACGCAGUCAAUGGACGACGUCGACUCGUUGCUGCGUGUCUACCACUCUGGCAUCCAAUCCGGUGAGCUUGCAUGUGGGCAGAAGGAGGCACUCGACCGUCUACUCCGCAAGCACCGCGAGGCGCAAUCAGGCAAUGGGUCGCGGGACUCUAGCCCGACCCCAUCGACGAACGGGGAUGCUGGGCCAACGCCUGUCGCGACGGCAGCGUAAUUCAGCCUGGCCUUUCCGGCCGUCUCGCGGGGUCUGGCUGCACGAUCAUGGAUUGCUUAGGGUCUCUCCAAGGAGAUGCCCGCAGACGCAAUUAACUGUCGGUGCUGCGAGAUAAUCCAACAGCGGCUGUAAAAUGGAUUGAAUUGCCGAUCUGCCCAUAGAUCGGUUUCUUUCUCCCAAAAGGAAACACAAUUCCAACGCCCGGCAUUUUCUUUAAACUACAUGAAUCCUCGUCGAUUCGCCUUCGCUUCCUCCUGGAUGACCCCCAUCAACAACACUUGAUGAUCGGAUUGGGACUAACUUUUAUCUUUUAACUCCUGUAGCAUCUGUCUGUAUUUAUUCACUACCAACACACUUGUCCUAUAUCUUCAGCAAAAUGUACAUGCUUCAAUUUACAUAACG